CGGACUUCACGCUGUAACUGUUUAACAGAGCCUUAAGGGUGGACAUUACACAUUUUACAUCAAAUAUUAUGAUAGAACUGUUACUAGGUGGUUGGAGAUAGGAGUUUGUUUUAGCCAUGAUUACCACCAUUUUAAUAACUCUCCUGGCUGUGUUCGGUUUGUCUUACCUGGUCCGCUUCUACACACGUUACAGAAAAAUGAAGACCAUCACCGACAGGAUGGUGCAGUUAGGACCCCAUCACCCAAUCUGGGGGCACCUGCUACUGUUUCAGGACAUGGCAGAAUUUUGUUCUCGCGCAUCUGAAGUUGUGGAGAAAACUCGGGCGAAGGUUAUUUGUAGUUGGAUUAUGUUUAUAGUUCCUUUGAUAAGCACUUGUCAUCCUGACACGGCUAAAGUAGUGAUAAAGGAGACAACUGCUAAACCGAAACAUGAACUCGUGGGUUACAGACUUGUUGAACCAUGGUUAGGAGACGGUUUGCUUUUGUCUGAUGGAAAGAAAUGGGAAAGAAACAGACGGCUUCUGACUCCAGCUUUCCAUUUCGACAUCCUCCGACCUUACGUAGACAUCUACAACGAAGUGGCUGAAAUAUUUCUGGGGAAACUUCAGAAGUUUUGCGAUGCCAAGGAGAGUGUGGAAAUUUAUAGUCUUGUCACCUUGGCGGCUCUAGACACAAUGUUGCGAUGUUCCCUGUCGUACGAAGGACACGUACAGGAGGAAGGAUCAGAUCAUCCGUAUGCAGAAGCGGUUAGAAACCUGGCAAGGCUGACAGUAAGCCGAUCACUAAAACCCUGGCUCUAUUUUGAUUUUAUAUAUAAGUUCUCGACUGAAGGGAAGGAGUUCUAUAAACUAAUAGAUUUUGUUCACCAGUUUGCAGAUGACAUUAUACAAUCAAGAAGAAAGACACUGGCUGAUGAUCCUGGUCAGUUACAGAAAAGAAGACGUGACUUCCUAGACAUACUUAUCACGGCAAAAGAUGACCAAGGGGAAGGACUUUCUGACCUUGACAUUCGUGCAGAAGUGGACACGUUUCUUUUUGAAGGACAUGACACCACCUCCUCUUCCAUGAGCUGGGCUAUAUACAGCCUGGCAAAACACCCAGAGGAACAGGAGACUCUCUACAAAGAGGUUAUGGAAGUGUUAAAUGGGCGAGACAAACUUCAAUGGGAAGACCUUCCGUCACUUAAAUACAUGUCGAUGUUCCUGAAGGAGGUGAUGAGGAUGCAUACUCCCGUCCCUUUCAUUGGUCGGGUCGCAGACAAGCCACUCACACUGGACGGCAUAACGAUUCCCGCCAAAACAAAGAUUGAUAUUCUUCUUCAUACCAUCAAUCACCAUCCAGACCUUUGGUCUGAUCCACAGGAGUUCCGACCUCGCCGAUUUGACGAGGAGACAAAACAAGACCGAGAUCCCUACAGUUACAUACCUUUCUCUGCCGGCUCAAGGAACUGCAUUGGACAGAACUUUGUAGUCAGCGAGGAGAAAGUCAUGCUUGCGUCACUGAUAAAAAGAUUUAAAGUCAGCCUUGUGGAGGGUCAUAUUUACGAACACUACCCACAGUUUGUCAUGACUGCUAAAUACGGAAUCAAAAUUAACUUGGAAGAAAGAAAGAACCAUUAAAACACCUUAGACCUUGUGUUCCUCCUACAUCACAAAUUCUAUGUUAUUUAAAUUAUUUUAUAUGUUUACCUUA